AUGCAUAAAUCUUCCGGAAAAACGAUAUCGUUCUGUGAGAAUUUCAAGCGAACCCGCGGGGACUCAUCACCUCUAAUGACCGAGUGUCAUCGUGAUGUUGGAAAUCGUCCGUGGGAGAAGUACGCUAUGUCUUCCUUCCCUCCUCAGCCCCAACUGGUUCGGCUGACUCUGUGCUAG